AUGUCCUGUCAAGACUCAAGCUUCGGUCCUACAAUCACAGGAUGUCGCUCCGGAUUCGACUUCACUCUGUACUUUCAGUAUGUGAUAUUAUCCGCACUGCCGUCAUUGGUUUUCAUAUUCGCAGCACUGGCGAGGAUAUUCCAAUUAUGGCAGCGAAAACCUGUUUUGGGUGGUCGGAGAUUGCAGACACUGAAGCUGAUCACCAAUUUAUUAUUUUUUGCUGCACGACCAGCAAUACUGGGGACUGGACUCACGUACUCUGGAUCAUUACGGUGGAGCUUCUCACUGUCCGUUGGCUUAUCAAUAUUUUGCGCUCUUCUCUUCAUCGUUCUGUCUUUUCUUGAACACGAGAAAAGCAUUCGUCCAUCUACGAUCCUCGUCACGUAUAUGGCCUUCACGAUAUUGUGCGAUGCGGUCUGUAUCCGGACCUAUUGGCUUAUGCAAGUUCCUGUCGGCUUGUUCAGCUCCCUGGUUACUUCCACUGCGCUGAAACUUGUGAUCAUGAGCCUCGAGAGUAUCGAGAAGAGGAAAUAUAUUCCUGUAGGAAUGCGGCCUCAGAAUCCGGAAAUGACGAGCGGUAUAGCUGCUAUCAUCACCUUCUUUUGGCUGAAUCCUUUGUUGUGGAUCGGUGCACAACGAGAUCUUCGUUCUUGUGACCUGUACAACCUAGACUCGGAACUUGGGACUGACGAUGCUGCUGCCAAGUUUGCGCGAGUUUGGAAAGACACAGCUCAGCGACAUAUUAAGGCCCGAAGCAUUCGGUCACUUUUAUGGAUGCUGAAGUGGAAGAUAUUGGGUACAAUUCCUCCUCGGAUUACUCUCCUAAUCCUCACGGUAUGCUCACCUCUCGCCCUAAAGAAUCUCUUGAAUUAUUUGCAAGAACAUGAGCGGUAUUCGUCUGCUCUAGGCUACGGCUUCAUAUUAGCUUUUGCACUGAUCUACCUCGGUAUAGCGGUGUCCACAGGUCUCUACUGGUAUAACCACUUUCGUGUCAUAACAAUCGUACGAGCGUGUCUGGUAUCAGCAAUCAGUAGCAAAGCUGGAACUAUCGACAAUGCUUCCGCAAAAGAUCCACAGGCCACCUUAACUCUUAUGAGUUCAGAUGUGGAGCGUGUUGUAGAGGGACUACGCACGGCGCAUGAGCUUUGGGCCAAUGUUCUACAAGUCGCUGUCGCAACAUACCUCCUCUCAAGAGAAGUAGGCGUUGCCUGCGUAAUACCUGUUCUUGUAGCAAUCAUGGCAUCUACUGUAUCUACUUGGGUCAGCAAUCUUGCGAAUGGACGACAAAUUGACUGGAUGGCCCUUUUGCAAUCGCGAAUCGGAGUAAGCUCAAAUACUUUACUUGCCAUCAAAAGUGUAAAGAUGCGAGGCCUAGAAUCAACACUCCGUGGAAUUAUCGUACGACUCCGCCGCGCGGAACUACACGAGGCCAAUCGAUUCCGUUUUAUGGGUGUAUUCACGGUCUUCUUUGGCUACGCGCCAGAGUUGCUUUCGCCAGUCCUGACCUUUCUGGUCGUAUUAGUGCGCACAGGUUCACUGGACGCCACCACGGCAUUUACAACGCUUUCGUUGAUCCAAAUUCUGGCCCAGCCACUAAAUCUAUCUUUGCAGAAUCUGCCUUUCUUUGCAUCGACGUUUGGGUGCUUGGAGCGAAUUGAUGAAUAUCUCGAGUCAACUGACUGGAUAGAUCCUCGAGCUAGAUCUGAGAAUGAGAAGCACUCGGUACCGAUCAGAGAUCAUUCAACUCAGGAAAAACUACCUCGCGAAUCAUUUGACCAUAGUUCGUACGUCAGCUCUAAGGCCAUUGCUUUCGAAGGCGCGUCAUUUGCGUAUGAUGGUCAGCCUGAGACACUCAGGGACAUCGUGGCAAGUGUUGCAUUUGGAGACCUAGUUUGUAUCAUCGGCCCUGUAGCUUGUGGCAAAACGACGUUCUGCAAAGCAAUUCUCGGUGAAAUUGCUCCCAAACUUGGCAGUUGCUACAUAUCCAGCCCGCAUGGUAAACGCUCAGUCUCAUACUGUAGCCAAGAGCCUUUCAUCAGGAAUCGCACGGUCAAAGAGAAUGUCAUCAUGUACUCAGAUUUCGAUGCCAGCUGGUACGAGACCGUCAGUCAAGCAUGUGGACUAACCAGAGAGUCAUCUGGUCUAUCAGAAGGAGAUAUGACCAUUGCCGGCAGCGAUGGUGCAAGGCUAAGUGGCGGUCAAAAGCAAAGGAUUGCGGUCGCACGGGCACUAUACGCUCGCAAUUCUAUAAUGAUAUGCGACGACGUGCUUAGUGGACUAGACGGUACAAGCGCUUGGAAUCUCUUCCAGGGUGUUUUUGGCGCCGAUGGUCUGGCGAAGAAGCUUGGAAUAACAGUGGUCUUUGCGACGCAUACAGUUCGCUUUCUUCCGUACGCAGAUCAUGUCAUCGUCCUGAGACCGGGCGGAACUAUCAGUGAGUCAGGAACUUAUGACUCUUUGCGGUCCUCUUCAGCAUACGUACAAGCCCUCGCAACCUACGACACCACAGAAGUUGAGCUGGCCAAAAGUGUGGAUCCAUUGACGCCCUCUUCAGAUGGUAAACUUCAUGAAGGUGGAGACUCACAACAAACAUCGUCGACUAGACUACAAGGCGAGUGGUCCACCUAUGCCUACUAUUUCAACACCAUGAAGUCGUACACGCUUAUAAUUCUUAUCAUCUUUGCGAUUCUCGUGGCUGGCUUCUACGUAGUUCCGUCCUACUGGUUGAAGGUAUGGACAAGCGGUAGUAUUGGUAGUGUCGGAGAGUACUCAUACUGGGGCGUGUACACAUGCUUCCUCUGCACUGCGCUCUUCUCUCUGCCAAUCUUCGAGUAUGUUUCCCUCAUCCAGGCUGCAACGCAAGCGGGCGUUGCACUGCACGACAGGAUCCUACAGUCCGCACUAAAUUCUUCGUGGUCACACUUCUCCCGGAUCGACGUUGGUUCAAUCACGAAUCGCUUUUCUCAAGAUCUUCAGUUGAUUGACGGAGAGCUCCCGUUGGGUCUCCAGAAUCUCAUUCUGAGCAUUCUCCUAGCUCUUGGUCAAGCCAUUCUAAUCGCUGUUGCAGCGCCAUAUGUAGCCAUAUCAUUUCCAUUCAUUAUAGUCAUACUUGCAGUUGUCCAGAGGUUCUAUCUUCGCACCUCACGACAGCUCAGAAUCAUGGACUUGGAAGCCAAGAGCCCGUUGUAUACACAUUUCACAGAAGUGAUCAAAGGCUGUUCGACGAUUCGAGCGUUUGGAUGGACCUUGGAGUCUAAUAAGGAGCUGCUUGAACUUCUCGAAUCCUCACAAAAGCCGUUCUAUCUGCUCAACAUGGCUCAAAGAUGGCUCACAUUCGUCCUUGAUGUAAUUGUCGCGAUUAUUACCGCGCUGAUUGUCGCCAUCGCAGUGACCCUGCGGUCUUCAAGCGGGUCAGUCGGAGUUGCGUUGACGCAAGUCAUGUCGACUAGUCUAAUAUUGCGUACUAUCAUUCUCACGUGGACUCGUGUCGAACAAAGUCUCGGGGCAGUAAGCCGCAUCCAAGACUUUGCAAAGAACACGCCAUCGGAGCACCUCGAGUCCGAAAACCAUGAGCCUUCACAGCGAUGGCCCAAGUCUGGUGAAAUCGUAUUCCAGAAUCUUUCAGCAAUCUACACGUCCCGUCCACAUCAGCCAGCUAUCAAACAGAUCAGAGGCACCAUAUCUGAUGGUCUCAAAGUGGGCAUUUGCGGUGGCAGUGGCAGCGGGAAAUCCUCCUUACUACUUGCCAUCCUGCACAUUCUCGAAUUCCAGACCGGCAGCAUCGAAAUAGACGGCGUGGACAUUCGCUCCGUGCCACGAGGCCGCCUCCGCCGAGCCCUCAACACCAUCUCCCAAGAACCGCUCUUGCUCACAGGCACAAUCCGACUAAACCUCGACCCCGAAGGCCAAUGUCCCGACUCCCAGCUCCUCGCAGCGCUCGCAAAGGUCGACCUCCUAGCAUUCGUCGAGCGCGAAGGAGGUCUUGACGCCGCAAUGAAGCCCGAAAGCUAUAGCAGCGGCCAGCGCCAGCUCUUCUCGCUCGCAUCAGCCAUUCUGCGAAGAAGCAAGAUUGUCCUGAUUGACGAAGCAACCAGCAACACGGACGCGCAGACGGACCAGCUUAUGCGGAGCGUCAUCGCGACGGAGUUUGCAGAUUGCACCGUUGUCACAGUCGCGCAUCGUCUGGAUGCUAUUGCGGAUUGCGACCAGGUGAUUGUGAUGGGUCACGGGUGUGUCCUGGAAUGGGACAGCCCGGCGAGCCUCCUGGCCAGAGACUCGGAGUUUAGGAAGCUGUGGAUGAAGCAAGCCAGAGCGCCAACAAGGUCGGGGACGGGCUUGAACAGCAUAGAAUAA